AUGAAGAUGAAGGCUAAUGUUCGAGAUUUAUUUCAGGCCCUCUGGGCCAGUGUCCCAAUCUACCAAAUGACGCUCUUCAGCUCCAAAGCGUCCAUCCUACUGCAGUACCGCCGUGUCUUCAAGAUCCAGAAGAUGCUGCUCGCAUGCAACAUCAUGCUGGGCGUGAUCGUCGUCUACGGGACCUGGACGUUUGUCAGCGCGUGGCUGAACUGCAUUCCCGUGGCCAAGUUCUGGGACGACAGCAUCCCCGGUUACUGUCUCAAUAAAGAAGGGCUCUGGUUCUCGAAUUCCGCCAUGCAUAUCCUCAGCGAUAUCAUCAUUCUCACUUUGCCGAUGCCUGUCCUCAAGUCUUUGCAGCUGCCUACGAAGCAGAAAGUUGCUCUUAUGGGUGUUUUUGCGCUUGGUGGAUUCGUAACGGUCACAACCAUCAUCCGCCUAAAAAGCCUACUCGUGAUUUCAAAAUCCAGCGAUCCAACCUCACUGCCUGCAGACGACAACGUCGGCGCCGCAACCUGGUCCGCCAUCGAAUGCAACGUCGCCAUAAUCUGCGCCUCGCUACCAACCAUCAAGCCCCUCAUAUCGAAACUCUUCCCCAAGAUCCUCUCCUCAGCAGGCCACUACAGCCACAGCUACAGCUACUCGCGCAACAACAACAACCGCACGGGAGGAGGACUCAGCAAGGGCAGUCGCGCCAUAAAUAAUAAUCUAUCGACCGUCAACGCGACCGUCGUCGGUGCUGACGAUUCCCUGGCUAUGUAUGACAUGCAUCGUCAUCAUCGUCAUGGUGGUGGGAGUAGUUCCGGUCAUGACUCCAGCGCUAGCAGCCAGGAGAAUCUCAGCCAGGAUGGCGGCAAGAUGGGAGGUAUCAAGGUGACGACGGUGCUGUCGCAGGAGUCGGUCACUCGAGACGAGACGUCGAGUGUGCGGCAGUUGGUCAACAAGCCAUAUACCCCUCGGACCAACUCCGACACGCUGACCGGAGCAAGUCCUACUUACCCCACCAUUUUCGACAGUCUUCCGUCACGUUCUGCAUACCCCGCCUUUAUCUAUCUAUCUGCCAUGUCCGGCAUCCCAGACCUCCCAGAGAAAUAUGAAGAUCUCCCUGACAGGCGACGAUUCUGGCCUGCCCCUGCCGGCUCUGAAGAAGAAGGCCUGGGCAUGCUGCGCCUGCUGACGCCGGACGUCGUCGCUGCCGCCGCGCGUUCCGAGAUCCAGACCGGGGAGCGAGUGUGCUUGAAUUGGGAUUUGGAGAAGCUCGAUCCGCCGGGAUUCGGCCGCAAACCCUUCGAGCAUCGCAUCAAAUGGGUCGACCCGGACAAUGCCUUCGACGACGAAUUCCACUUCAACCCGCAGCAAUCCUCGCAGUGGGAUGGUCUCCGGCACCACAGCGCCCCCGGGCCGGACGGCAAAACCAAAGUCUGGUACGGCGGCACCACGGCCGAGGAGAUCCUGGACCCGAACUCGACCCGCAUCGGCAUGGGGUUCUGGGCGAAGAAGGGCAUUGCCGGCCGCGGCGUGCUCAUCGACUAUCUCUCAUGGGCGGAGAAGAGGGGCAUCGAGGUGAACGCGCUCACCCAGCAUGUUGUGUCGCUGGAUGACGUGCUCGAGAUCGCCAGGGAGUGCGGUAUCGAGUUCCGCCGAGGCGACAUCUUCUUCCUCCGCGUCGGCCUCACCAAGACCUGGGACAAGAUGACGCCCGCCGAGAAGCAGGCCUACAGCGCGCAGAAGGUCCCCAAGCACGCCGGCAUCGAGCAGAGCGAGCGCGUCGUCAAGUUCUUCUGGGACAACCACUUUGCCGCCGUCGCCUCGGAUACGGUCAGUUUCGAGGUGUUCCCGCCCCUGCAGAAGGAAUGGGAUCUGCACCACCACUUGCUGGCCGGCUGGGGUCUUCCCAUCGGCGAGAUGUUCGACCUGGAAGGACUGGCCGAGUUGUGUAAGAAACACAAGCGCUGGACGUUUUUCGUGUCGAGCAGCCCGCUCAACUGUGCAAAGGGCGUGGCGAGUCCGCCGAAUUGCAUGGCUAUUUUCUAA